AUAUAGGGUAAAAUUGAACAAAAAAAACCCCCCUCCAUGUCGUUUUAUGACUUAUUUUCAACAACGACCAAACUUCCUGGUUGUGAGAAAAUGAUUUUAGUCAAAAAAAUUCAGAGUGUCUUUGUAUCAUAUUAAAGAGUGCGUGGUUGUAGUGAGUUUCUUCUUUAUGUUCGAUGAUUUUUGUUCUUUAAAGUGUCCAGAAUCCUUAGGGUUUGGUUUAAUAACAAAUCUGAAAUCCUCUCUGACGUACAAAUCGCAACAUAAUUAACUCGUCAUUGCUGAGCCUGGAAAAGCAAAGAUAUCAAUUCUCACACCGGCUAAGUUUUGUCGCAAAAAGCAGGUGAUUGUAGAAUUCACUUAACCAGAUCCUUGGCAUGCAAGCUAACUGCUUCCUUCCUUUUUCCGUUAAAACGCAGUAACCCUUAGUUUGCCAGGGUGAGAAGACUUGUGAAUGCAGGGAAGGAACGGGAGCAUCUUUUCCUUUAACAAAAAAAGUCCCGAGUGUUGAGAAAAAAAAUGAGGCUUCAGUCCGCAGCGAUGUACAAACGUCAGACGAUCGACUGCAGCGGUUCAGCAUUCUAAACACACCUAUUUUCCUCCACAAAAGUAGCGUGGCUUCUUUUUAAGCAACAGCGGGACGAAAAUGACUUCAAAACAACAACAAAAUGACCUUGCUGGGUAAGAUUUUUUUUUUUUUGCCAGUGAGAAUUGAGGAAUGGGAUUGUUCAAUCGGAGGGACUGCUAAUCCGAAUGGAAAUUUCUGUUAAAGCCUCUCUUCUCUAUAUGGGAGUGGACCUAAAAGGACGCCUUUCACCAUGCUUCUUUUUCCGGGCAACUUUUCUGCUUGCUUCCUGCAAAGUUCCUCCAAAGUUGCUGGUUUUUUUUUUUUUCCCGCCUCCUCAGAACGUUAUGACAAAAUAAAUUAAUAAAAUCUAGUUGCUUCGCCUUAAGGUAAAACAAAUCAAAAACAUAAACAUGAAUUUAUGCAAGGCACUAUACCUGCCAGCAAUUCUCUUCUCAAAACCGGAGCCCAUUCCAGGACCAACGGCUGGAAAUGCUCACGCUAGGAGCUAUGGGGUUUGGUUUUGUUUUUCCACAGCUGCAUUUUACAAGACCAAAAACGUAUUUCAGAGAUGUGUGCAGAUAAUUCUACAGGAUUUAACACUAAAGGAUUGACUCUGACUAAAUGACUGAAUCUGAGAGUCGGAACCCUUCUAAAGACACGGAGAAAGUAACCACGCUGCCUCCCGAUCUUUGCUUCUUCUGCCCACAGUGUUGCCUUUCACCCCUUCUAUUAACCUCUUCGGAGGAUCUCACCAAGGGAAUGCUGCCUUGUCUUUAGACCCUUUCAGCUUUGGCUCUGAUCAUAGAUUAUGCUUCCCUGAACUCCCAACUUCCUGAUGCUGGCCUGUUCUUGGUAUUCCCAGUGAGUUUGAGGGCACCAAAUUGAGAAAGGAUGUCAAAAUAAAAAACAGGAAGUAUAUUUAGAGGCUGCCUCAUUCUUCCAUCUUUAAUGAUUUGUAGUACCAUUGGCAAGUCAGAACAUGCAUAGCCCAUGGUGAUAUAAAACCAGAAGAUGACAGGACUGCCAGAGCCCGGGUACCCUCCAGGGGAGGGCACUUUGGGGGCUGAGGCAUUUUCUAUUUCUUAUUUGGCUGGCAACCGAUUGAACCUAGACGUCUAUCCUGAGAGCUGCUGCUUGUUCCUCAAGCUGCUGGAGAGCAGGAGAGAAGAAGUAGAACAGGUGGAGUUCUUGAGGCUGAACUGCAAUGAGGACCUUAUCACUUCCACCCUGAGCAGCCUCCCUGCUUUGCGGGGCUUGAAAUCUCUUGUGCUCAAAGGUGGACACUCCAGAGAUGACAUUGGUGCAUAUGAGAAAGGAUUGCUAGCAUCUUUGCCACAAGAGUUUGGGCAGCUACAAUGCCUUGCUCAUCUAGAUCUCAGCUUCAACAGCUUCACCAUUUUACCUCCCUGCAUUACUAAGCUGGCCAGCCUCAGUUUUCUCUCAGUCAACUACAACAAUUUACAGAGGCUGCCUGAGGACUUUGGCCAGUUUGCCAAGCUGACUUUUUUCUCUGCCAUGAAGAACCAGCUAAAAGGUUUGCCACAGAGCAUUGGGGGUCUGGCAGCCUUGCAGACACUGAAUCUCUCUGAAAAUGCACUGGAAUCACUCCCCGAAGAGAUUGGGAACUUGCACAACUGCACUGAACUUGAUCUCUCUGGAAAUGAAUUAACAGGAAUACCCAGUUCUCUUGCCAAUUUACAGUCUCUGCAGCAGCUGCAUCUUCACAGCAAUCUUUUGACAACUGUUCCUGCCUCCCUUGCCUGCCUACCUCACUUGUCCAGACUUGAUCUGCAGAAUAAUAGGCUUCGAAGCAUCCCUCCGGAGAUUCAGAGUUUUCCUUUUGUGCAUCUAAGGGGCAAUCCUCUAGGAGAACUGGAGGUGCCUCUGCAGUCAGAUGACUCUAGUUCAGAAGAAUUGCAAAGAGUGUAUCUUAAAGCUGAUGAAGACAGCUUUACUGUGACUCCUGAAGGCUGCCAUGUCUUCUUGGCUUGUGGCAUACAACUCCAUUUCCCACAGGGUGCUACAACUACUCUAGUAACUAUUCAUUUCCAGAAACGCUCCCCUGACCCUCAUUGGGUGAAGCUUAAGCACCAUGACAUCCUGCUAAGUGAAGUCCUAGAACUGCAGCCCCAUGGGAUUCAUUUCCAGCAGGAGGUGCGGAUCUGGAUGCCCUAUGCUUCUCCUCACAGCCUGAAUGACCGUGAGCUUAUAAUUCGAACCUUUGAUGGACAUAAGUGGAGCGAUUUGAGAACCAGAGUGAAAUGCAAAGGCAAGAAGCAUUCAGCUUGCUGCAGCGUCUCUCACUUCUCCUGGUUUUUGGUCGUCUCACGUCUUGUGGAGAAUGAAUGCAAAGUCUGUCAGGAAGGGGGCUUGCUUUUUUCAACUGUUGAUCCCAACAUUAAAGUGACCUUUCCUCCUGGUGUGACCGAGGAGAUGAGGACAGUGAAGCUUCAGGUGCUUCCUGUAUCAACAAAGGACCUAAGAGAGAUCACUGGUGAUUCUGAAACAAUUGCCAGCCCUCUCCUCUGUCUCUCUCAAAGUUCCACUGUGGACUUUCUUCAGCCUGUUAAAAUUCAGCUUCCACUGCCUCCUGGUGUCACAGGUCUAACCUUGGAUCGUUCCAGAGUACAUUUGUUGCACAGUGACUGGGAUGCUCAGAACUGGAGUGACAUCACCGAUCAAGUGAUCCUGGAGUUCACCCAACUCUAUGCUUUAUUUGAAGUAACACACUUCUCUUGGUAUUGGUUAUGGUGCACCACAAAAGCUUACAUUGGUGGCUUUGCUAAAGAAGUCUAUAAAAGAUUGCGCAUGUACCGGGUGAACUUCAUAGCACUGCAGAGAAAGAAAGAUCCAGAACAAGUCUUGCUCCAGUGCCUCCCAAAGCACAAAGUGGAUCCUGUUUUGAAAAAGCUCCAUGACCGAUAUCGAGGCCCUGAGCCAUCUGACAUUGUGGAGAUGUUUGAAGGGGAGCAGUUCUUUGCAGCUUUUGAACGGGGUAUCAGCAUUGACGCAGACCGGCCAGACUGUAUUGAUGGAAGGAUUUCAUUCAGCUUUUUCUCUCAUUUGAAAAAUGUGAAGGAAGUCUAUAUUACCUCUGAAGUGGACAGAAACAGCAAGGCUGUGAAAGGGCAGGUUUCCUUUUAUCGAGGAGAAGUUCCUGAGAGCAUUCCUGAAGAGAUUACAAGGAGGAGGAAGGGGCCCGAUUCUCACUGGCUAGCUACUUUGCCAAUCAAGCUACCUAAACUGAAAACUCAGGUAAAUAAGCAGCCCACAACUCCAGACGGCUUCUCUCUUCCUCCUUUGAAUUUGGGGAAUGCUGAAACUGGCUAUUUGACUCAGUCCAAUCUCCUUGGCAUUGCUGGGCGCAUGGGAGCUGACUGGAGAAUCAUUGGCUUAAACCUGGGAUUGUCCUAUCAGCAGUUGGAACGGAUACAGUACAAUAAUAGGGAAGAUCUUCAUACUCAAAUUCUAGACAUGCUCUUCUCCUGGGCUCAGCAAAAUGAAAAGAAGCCUGACUGCAUAGACAAGCUGAUUAAGGCCAUGCAGGAUAGUGGCCGCCAAGACAUAGCAGAUGAGAUCACUACCAUUAUUGGCCUGGGAAGGCAAAAAUAUUCAGAGUCGAUACAGAGGGUGGGCCUGCACCGGGAAAGUAGUACAGAAGAUUCUGCUAUUGCUACAGGAUAAUUUCUAGACAAUUAUGGAUUAGUCAACAAAAUAGGAUUAAUCAAAUCCAGGCUAUUUCUUCUUCAAGAUUACUGGUACUGUCCAAUUAUUCUCUUUAGGUGUUUACUGCCAACUAGCCGUGCUUUUGGGCCACCAGUGGUUUUUACUAGAUACUGGCAAGCAGCCACUUGCAAGUUCACCUGGGAUAAAUUAGAUUCCCAAUUAAGUUUUACUAAAGUUUUACAUUUUUAAGGCAAAAAUGACCUUAAAAUACAUAAAGCAGACCAGUGCACAAUACUGCCUAUGGAACCUAAGAGUAUCUUCUUUGUUUGUUUGUUCCUUGUGGGUAGAACUUCUGAGUCUCCCAAGUUUUUAAAGUGGCUCAACUGGGCUGUCUUAAGGAUGAUGAAACUACAUAUUUUAGAAGCAAACUGCACAUUGUUCAUUUUUCAAUUGUUUCUUGAUAUGAUCCUUGGUUUUAUUUCAGCACUUGGACUUUGCAGGAUAUCUUAUUUGGGGGAGUUAAGAGAAUAAUGCACUGUACUAAAACUUUGGCUCCUUCCUCUCCUAGGUAGAUAGCUGUUCUUUUACUGACACUGUGAUGGGGAAUAUCUGUCAUGUUUUAAGUUACCUUGCAGCAGAAUUUCUGAAACACAGUCAGGAACUAGGGCUCUGCUGGUGUGAUUUAACACAGUGGUCUCCCAUAAUUUGUUUCAUCCUUUUGGAUGUUAUCAUCUGUACUAAGAAAAGCUGGAUUUUGACACCCAUAAAACUGAAUCAUUCUUUCACAUUUUAUUUUGCACCUAACCUAAUUUUGUCAGGUAUUUACUGGAAAAAAGGAGGAGCACUGAAGAAUAUUAUACUACAAGAGAUGCUUGUCAGCCCCAUUUUGAUCCUUCUAAAUAUAAAAUGUUCCUUUAAAAUAAAUAAAUACAUAAAUAAAUCAAAACAAAAGCCUAGUAAACCAUAAACAGAUUGCACAAUAUCCUCUGAUGAAUACAUGUUGUAAAUCACUGUAUCUCUGGCUCCAUUUAAUAUAUUAAUAUCACAUUUUUGUUUGUGACUUAGAAUGAAGAAUAACUCUUAACCAUUGUUAUUUGUAAAUUGUAAUUUAUGACUUGGUAUUAUAUAUGAUUCCAAUCAUUUUGGUUUACUCAGGCCAUGGCUAAGGCAAAUUAUGUCAACCAAGGUAAUCUGUCAAAUCCAGGGCAGGUAAUCCCAGGUAAUUCCACAACUAUUUACCUUGGAUAACUAAGAUAUCAUCAUGCUGUAGUCAAAGUCAUCUGACUACUAGGACAAUUUUGGUUUAGUUAUUAUUUUUCUUAAGAUUUUUCUCCAAACAUUUCUGCUUUGAGUCACUUUAACUGCUUUUAGCUAGGUUGACUAGAGUUAUUGUUAAGAGGUUUUUUUUUUUGUUUUGUUUUAAUUUAUAUACCGUCCUUCUCCGGAGACUCAGGGCGGCUUACAAUGUGUUAAACAAUAGCCUUCAUACUUUUGUAUAUUUAUACAAAGUCAGCUUAUUGCCUCCACAAUCUGGGUCCUCAUUUUACCUACCUUUGAAAGGAUGGAAGGCUGAGUCAACCUUGAGCCUGGUGGGAUUUGAAUUUGCAGUAAUUGCAAGCAGCAGAUGUUAAUAACAGUGCUUUAGUCCACUGUACUACAGGCUCUUUCCAGUUUUAUUAAGUUUUAUUGCUUAUAAAAUGUAAUGUUAAAUUUAGUAUUGUUCAGUUUUUUAAAAAAAUAUUACAACAGACUAACAGGGAAAAAUAUACAUUGUCACUGCUGCUGAAAGUUGAUCGUGAUGUUGAAAACAGCUUUCUAAUCCUUUUAUGUCACCACUCUCAGAAAUGAGAAGGCAGCUGUCAUAUUUCUGUCCUUUCCUUUCUUAUCCUUCAACAUUUGCUUUUCGUUUUUCUUGACAUCCUCCUUUCAUCCAUGAUCCUCUCAGCUUCAGCUGCCCCUUUAGUAUUUGUUCUCAUAUAAACGGAAAAGCAAUUUUUAUUGUUCUUUUAAAAAAUUGACCAUCUUAAAACUCUCCUAGAAACUGGAAGUAGCUUGAUCAUUGUUUCUGUAAGCCAUCAAGCCAGUUCUGAUCAAACUGACAAAAUGCUCCUUUUUACAGAAACAGUUGUCUUUGGUAAAUGUAUUUCUACUCUUUAAUCCUCAUGUCCUGUCAGGAGGUUCAGACUGCGGCACUGUUUGGCUGUAAGUGCUAUUUUUUUUAAAUGUGAUUUUUUUUAAAAAAAUGUAAAGCUGUUUGAUAUUUUCUGCAGAUGCUGAUAAAAGUAAGUUUUCCCCAUUUGGAAAGCUGUGGUACUUUAUUUGAUGUUUGAGAUGUCCAUUUUUACAAUGAACCUGUAAGAAUUAAAUAAGCUCCAACCAGAUGGAUUUUUCUUGGUCCUGCUAGCCCUUCCUCUCUGUUUUAACAAGACCUUAAGUGCUGUCUCCCCUCCACAAUAGGAAUUGCCAGGGAGAUAUUAGUCCUGUAUUCUUCAGGUAGUUGGACAGAUAGGGGAUUGCAUUUAAGCAUAAAGAAUGAAAUGUUUCUGUUUUAAUCUGUCUUAUUAUGUAUUCCUUCUCUGGCCCUGCCAAGAAUAAUUUCUUUAGAGAUGUAGUUUUCCAAUCUCUCCUCACCCCCGCCCCCUUUGUCUUGGUAUAUGAUUUUUACACUUGCCUGUAUUAGGGAAAUCUUCAUUUGGUACUCCAGUUUUGGAGAGGUUAAACAGGGCAUAUUGCCUUUAUUUGUAAUAUGUAAAAUUUUGUUUAUUCUUAUGUAACCUAGUAAUGUAGUUGCCAUAAUGAAAUGAGUCAAAGCUGUGUGUAUUGUUGUUAACCUCUGACAAAUGAAGAUGGUGGCAGCCAGUACCAGCUGACAUGCCGAAGGUUGCAAAGUGAUUUGCAAACUGCUUUCAAAAUAAAAUGUCUCCAUUUUGUACCACAAUCGUUCUGUGCAAAGAAAUAAAUUCUUCAGUCUUUCUAGAUAAUGCAAAGAUUCUGAA